AAUGUUUCAGGAUCCCCUGCGACCGGGCACAUCAAUAUCCUACCACAUUUUGGUGCUGCACAACGUUUAGUCAAAUUAUCACAUGAUACGCUCCAGCCAAGCUCCACCCCACCCCAUCAUCCAUCAUAUCACCACGGUCUGAACAACCUCAAUAUCUUAGUCAGAGCGCACUUAUUAAUAUAAUGGCUGGUGUUCAACAGCGAGUUUUGAAUUGGUUAUACAGUGUUCUUACGAGUGUAUGUAAAUCUGCUAAGGAUGCAUAUAUCAAUUCACCCAUACUAACUAACGCACAAUAUAGGAAUACCGAGAUGUAAAUCGUACAUAUAAUGACGUCGCCCAGACACUUUCUCAAUAUGCUUCAUUAUCCCCACGAACAGAUGUCUACAGUAUGUGCUCCACCUACAGACUACAUAGGAAGCUCAAAUACUGAUGCGCAAGUUUAAUAGCAUACGAAAAUGGCGCAUCUUCCCUUCUCCUUCACCUCUCUGGCACCCUACCUGUAAAUUUCCGUGGCACAAUCUACAGAUUCCCCAUCGCACUAUGGAUACCUCAUGCAUAUCCGCAUGAAGCCCCGUUAGUAUAUGUGACGCCGGUGGAGGGAAUGGUAGUAAGAGCAGGUCAACAUGUAGAUCCACAGGGGAAGGUCUAUCAUCCAUAUUUAAUGAGGUGGCCAGACUAUUGGGAUGUGAGUCGCAUAACUUGACAUACUGAAAUUUUGAUUGCUUCGCAGAUAUACUGAUGAAUUGAAAUAUGCAGAAGUCCAAUGUACUUGAUUUUCUAGCGAUUCUCACAGAUAUAUUUGCCAAAGAGCCCCCUGUCAUAUCGAAACAGCAACAAAAUCCCCCGCCACGCCCACAAUCGACAGCUAUACCUCCUCCUUUACCUCCACUUCCUCCCAGUGUAGCUCGACCAAUACCAAGCCCAGCUUCCCCACGUCCAUUAAAUGACGAUCGACCUCCUCCUCCCCCACCGAAACCUACAAACAAUGCCAUACCAUACUCUCCUUCAGGUUCCUCACGGCGAGAUGUUGGGCCACCAUUACCCCCGUUACCUACACAAGUUGGAUAUGAUAAUAGCAAAUAUGGACCACCAAUGCCACAAUCGCCAAACAGACAAUCACAUACUCCGCAAAGGAGUAGUAGUCUACGUUAUGAGAGUGCUCCUCCAUUACCGCCUCAACAAUCCAGGCAAAACUUACGGGAACCAUCAUACAGUCCUGUGAGUCCGAUAACUCCACCAGAAGAUCCAUAUAGACAGUCCUCAUACUCCCAAUCAUACCAGCAGCCCCCACAAUCACAGCAACCUCAGCAAGCUCCACCACAACAACCACACAACUCAAAUUUCAUUCAACAACCUGCCCCUCAAAAUGGUAGACCUCAACCACCGCCUCAAUAUGUGCAUCCACAGCACCAGCCGCAGCAACAACCAUACCCUGCACAUCCACCCCAACAGCCAUGGCCUCAACAUCAGCAACAGCAAUACCAACAGCCCCCGCCAUCACAACCCCAGGCUAAACAUAAACCUCCACCACCAAUCGACCUUCUUGAUGCACCCUUAACUUUAUCCAUUCCCGACGCUUCAUCCGCCAACCUUCCCGCCCCACCCGUCCCACCCAACCCAGAAAAGGACAUGCUCCUCCACAAACUCGCCAGCGCCUUACACUCUCAACGCCUUCAUCAUACCACCCAAACCACCUCUUCACUUCCAGGUCUCCAGUCGCAACAAAAAUCCAUGCUCAGCACCCUCAAUGCUAUGCAAUCUGAACUCAGCGCUCUAGAAUCCCUCUCCGCCCUUCUCACCAACAACACAACUAUCCUACACAACUCACUACAAACUGCUGAUCAACUUCUACAAUCCUCUCAACAUCGUACCCCACCCUCCAUUGAUGAACUACUCGUCGCACCAACAGUUGUAGGAAACCAACUAUAUGAAUUAGUAUGUGAAGAGAGAAGUUUAGGGGAUGCGAUAGAUGUGUUAGGCAGAGCAGUUGAAAGAGGAAGGAUAAGUGGACCGACUUUUGCAAAGAUGACGAGGGGAUUGGCUAGGGAAUGGUAUUUGAAAAAGGCAUUGGUUAAGAAGAUUGGGAAGGGAAUGGGGUUAAGUGGAGUUGUUGGAGGGGGCGCGUAUUGAUAUUUGAAUUGAAGAAAUGAGGGGAUGCAAUCAAUGACAAUACCUAGCCUAAACGGAGGAGUGCGUACUAGUAUGACAUCACGGAAGAUGAGAAGUUAUUCGAACAGUGAAAGGCGAACUACUAAAUAAGUAAAUAGUAUGUAUCUACACAUACACAUACAACACUGGUUAUACGAGAAUUAGUAGAGGUUUGAUGUGUCAUGAGAUGAAUGGGUAUUUAAGAAAACUUCCAGUUCUGCUUGAAUAUACCAGAUGAUGAAUCGCUAGUAACAUUACAAUAGGUUCUUCAUGCUAUCCUAAAGAGAAAGAUGGGAAGGCUCAUAUUCCAAUACAAAAGCAUCCCUCUCCCAUAGAUCAACUAACACCAUACAAGAAAGUCUUUUUACAUAUCUA